AUGGAAGACGAAUACUACUCGCUCACGUCCAUCCUCGCCGACCAGCAUAAACUGCCAUGCACGUUCACGCUUGAUGUCCCCGGCCUUGGGUAUCUUGAGGGCGGAAGUGAGGAGCAUCUCCAGUCCGGCACGAAGGUCGAGUUGCCAUUAUGGCUCGCACGGACCCUGGCGCAGAACGAAUUCGCGACGUUCACCGUCCCACAGCCGUUCACGCAACGUAUCCGGGCGAACUUGAACGCCAGCGCGCCCGCCGUCAAACUCAGUAGCCUUGUUGGCGCCGGAGGAUGGUGGUACCGCUUCGGAGCGGCGAUUGCCAAGAUUUGGGACAGUGGUGAUAGCCUGCUCGCGAUGUUGCUGAAGGCCUUCACAGACCGCCUACCUGCUCUUGAAGACCUCGCAGCACACCACGCGAGCAUGGACAUCAGCUCCAUCCCCGAAGGUACAGCUGGCACAGGAGAAGUGUUCCGCGAGGGCAUGGAAGCAGAUGAGCGAGAAUUGUUCGCAAUUGGGCAGGAGAGCGGGCGGAUGGUCAAGAGGUGGCACGACUCGUCGUGGGCGCAGAGAUACUACGCCAUGCCUGUCCUCCUCCAGCAGCCAACAACCCCAGCUCAGACAACUGAAGCCGCCGCGGUACCCACGACGGCCAUCAUCGGAGCCGUGCUCGCCGGUGUGGUGGCACUCCUCCUCGCUGGUGCCUUUGUGCGCCACAAGCGGCUGAUGUGGAGCCUCCUCAAGACUCCGGCUCACGACUUCGGGCUCUCAACAGUGCCGGCCGUAGACCAUUGGCCUGGCCCGGCGUUCCCUCCAGCCCUCCACAACACCUCCCCACUUCCCUCCAUCCCACACCAAGCUGAGCCCUCGUCGGUGUCGGUACCAUCCCCGUCCAAGGACCAUCUCCCAUGCACAUCAUCUGCACAGUCUUCCAACAGGAGCCUGGAAUCGCACCACGUCCAGUCGGCCGACAGCAUCAACGCAAGUCGGCCCAUCGUCGCCAAGCCCGUGAUCGCGGCCGUCCCUCCACGUCCUCAAGACUUGGGUCCUCCAUACCAGUUCCCCAAGGUAGCGUUUGAGGGAGGAGGAGACACUCGCUGA